AUGGGGGCUCGGGGCCCACUGCAGCCCGCACUUGUAGCCCGGUCCGAUGGACAGGCCCUCGAGAAUGGCUUCCUCGACAAGUAUGUACGAGGUUCACAAGUGUGGCCCUGCUGGGGCCUCGUUGAUGGACCCACUGCGCAGAUCAAGCAGAAGCGCGGCGUCAUCUGCGGUCCCGACAGUGCCAAUGAAGCCAGUGUCUCCACGUACCCGCCUCAUUUCAAUGCUCAUCACGUGCCCGAGCACCACACGAGGACAGCACUCAACAACAGCCGAAAGGCUGAGGUCAAGGCUGCCGGGCUCAUUGCAGGCGAGAACUGGGCAGCACGCUGUGAACCAGUUUUGGAGCGCCAGCCGCCGAAUCAUGAGACACAUCCGCGAGACUGCCCGAUAGCACACAUCCGUGAGCGUGCAGAAGGAGAUCACCAGUUGGCACGAGUCCGCGGUGGUCUCAUGCCGAUGAGCUACCCGGUGAACCCGGAGCGCGAGUGCAAGACGGUUGGCAUGCAGCGCGUGGAGGAUCCCACCUUCCGCACGCGAGGCCAGUUGUUGGAGACUCGCAAAGAACUCAUGAAGCGGGACAACGAGGAGUUGAGGCUGAAUGGCGACGAGUACUAUGUGCCCCUCUCCAUCAGGAAUGGGGAGAGGGAGGUCGAGGAGUUUAACUUCCGACGGCCGAAAGAAGAGCCGAUGACGCUUACAAGACUGAAGGACAAUAGACUCAAGGACAAGAUUGAGUACGAAAUGAAUCACUUCAGCUUUCCGCGGAGCUUUCCGCGAGAGUACCCGAAGUACUCUGACCAUCCCGACAUUCCCUUCUGGGUGUCCAACGCCGAAGAUGCCAGAAUUGGGAGUAGCCCACCGCAGACUCUGAGCAGGAACCACAGCGAGCCUGCGUUCAAAGUCACCGAGCUGCCCUUCGGAGAGGAACAAAGGGAGACUUACGAAGCGAUGCCAGACUCCGCCAAAGCGCUGGCCGCGGGCAAGAUGACCCUGGGCCGCCAGACCGAGCUGGGCAGCAAGACGGUGAAGCGCUGGUCCACUGAUAUGCUGGAGCGGGGUCAGGUUUUGCUGGGAUCCCCUCCCGCUUACGAGGUCGGCCAGAGCGAGAAGAGACGCUUGGGGGAUGCUUUGCAGCAGGAUACCGAGUGUUCCUCUGGCAAAAAAUGCGCUUUCCAGUUUCUGCAAUUUGCGGCUGCCGUGGAUGUGCAAGAGGGCAACAGCGAUGCAGAGAGUGAUGCGACCGAUCACCAGAUGGUGAUUUUGAAAAAUCUCCAUACUUUCGAAAGCCGAGGUACCACGUCUGUGACCAGGUGGAAGUGGGGCCCAGCAAGUGCCUGGGAGGGAGGUGUAUCUGCGCUCAGGGUUGGAGGGGGAGAGAUGGAAAAUGCAUUCCCGUGGAUCAACAAACAUGCGCCAAGAAGACCGGCGGCGGGUGUCGAUUCUGGGGCUGUGCAUCAUCGAGAGGUGCUGUAG